ACAAAAUUUAGACUUUUUCACUUAUUUAUUAAACUAUAUAGUAAGUAUACAUACUACUUAUAUUUGCUUAGAGAGCAAAACAAAAUACAUGAAAAGCAACAGUUCUAUUUGCAUGUAAUAGACUACAGUAUUUUAGAGAUAGUUGCUUAUUAAAUAUGGACAUAUUCUCAAAAAAUAAAUAUAAAGAUGGUAUGAAAUAAAUUUAAAAGAAUAAUCAAUCGACUAUUUUUUGUCAAGAAACACAAAUAAAUUAAAGGGAAAGAUACCAUUUAAGCAAAUUGCUUCCAUAGAAGCUUAAGUUAAAUCUUUAAACUAAGAGUUAGUAGUUGGUGAUGGAAAAUUUUAAAAUUAUAUACACAUUUUUCUUUCAAAUCAAAAGUAGAUUUACUUAUUUUAAUAGGAUAUAAUACAUUUAGAUUAAUUAAUGAAUGUACUUAAUAUGUAUUAAAGAGGGUAAAGACAGCAAGAAAACAAAAUCACAAAUAUGGAGACUUUUCGUUAUUAAGAAAAAAGCGAUAAUAAUUCAGCAAAAAAUAAAAAUAUUUAUGAAAAAUAAGAGAUAGAAUUUGUUUAAGUUAUUCCAACUGAACAUAGUUGCUAUGUGCAACUGAUGCCUGAAUCAGUAUCUUAAAGAAAUAUAGCUAUCAAUAAACAAGAAAUAUAAAAUGAAGAAAGUAUUAAUAACAGUCUAAAAUCGAAUAUUAAAUCAAGCUACAUAAAAGAGGACGAAAAUGUAAAGAAAAUAAGUAAAAAAACACAUUAAAUAGAGAAAAAAAUUUAAAAAUAAGAAAAUUAGAAAAAGAAAAUUCAAUCUAAAAUUCCAGCUAAAGAGGAAUUAAACAAUACUUCAGCUAAUAGGGCACAUGUAACUAUUGAUUAAUUUGAAGAUUAAUGCUUGAAAUUUAAUGAUGAAAUUACAGAAGUCCUUUCAAGGGAGGAGACAGAAAAUACUAAUAGAGUACAUAUAUUUUCAAAACUCUAAAAUUUUAAUGAAAACUUUUAAAUAUAGAAAAUAAAAAAAUAAAUUCAUAAUAGCUCAAAUAACUUGUACAAAUUAACUUAAGAUUCAAACUAUGAUAAUAAUAUCAUAAAGACAAAUUAGAGUAAUUACAACUUAAAUAAUAUUUAAUAACCUUUGAGUGCCAGCAAUUAGGAUUAAUAUAAAUAUACAACUUUACCUUCUCUUUAAUCAUAACUUAUCAAGAAUCCUAUUUCAAAUGCUCAUCACUAAUCUACAACUUCAUUUAAGUAAUUUCCAGAUAUACCAUUAAAUACUACAACUUUAGGCAAUUCGAAUAUAGGAAAUUCUUUCAGGUUUAAUACGUAUAUGGACUCACACCGAGAAAAUGAUUAACUAAUUAAUUAUCCUUGCUAAGAUCAAGACUUAUCUAAUAUACUACUUAACAGGGAAAUAGACCGCAAUACUUACAGCUUAAUACAGUAGUAGGAAAUAAAAUUUUAAGAUGAAGAUGAAGAAAAUCCUAUGCACUUAUCUACUACAAUCAGGUAAAGGAUAGAUAAGUAGUGCUCUAAUGAAACAUAAAAUAAGUAAGAAUAUUAAUAAUAGUCUAAUUAUGAUUAUUAGCAGAGGCAAUCUAUUUCAGAAAUUUAAAGUGAAUCUAAUUUGGCAAGUAUUAAAUAGCUUAACUGUGAAAUAAAAGGAAAACCUUUUUUAAAGGAAUCUAUCACUCUAGAAUUGUAAAAUGAGUUCAAAAAAUAAUCAUAUUUUUAUUAAGAAUUUAACACUCUGCUCACUUUGAAUACAUAAUAUUUAGGUGGAAGUUUAAUUAAUACAAAAACAUUAAAUGUAAACAAAAGAAAUAGCAUUUAGUCAUAUAAAAAUAAUAGAAGCUUGACAUUAGAUUAAGCCACUGAAAAAUCUGUACAAUCAUAUACUCCAAAGCAGAGAGAUAUGUUUUUAUAGGGGAGUAUUACUAAUAGAACAAUUGCAGGUAAUUCUAUUAAAUAGUAUUUAUCCCAAGAUUGCGAAUCAUAAAACUAAUUCGGUCCUCUCAUAUUCCCAAUACAAGAAGAUUAUGAUGGCUAUUCCGAAGAUUACUAUAUAAAUUCUGAUAAAGAUAUUGAUCAGUAAAGUGAUUUAAAUGAAAGUAACUCCUAAAAAAAUCGAUUCUUAAAUAGAAAUAAUUUAAUUUAUUCAUCUACAAAGUAUUGUUCAAAAAAGUUUCCGAGGUCAAGUAAUUUUAAUGCAAGUUUUAUGAGAUCAGAGAGAAAAGAUACUGAUAGCAUAAAUAGUAAUCACUAAUAAAAAAGUAGUUAAAACUAGGAAAAUGGUAAUCUUAGUAAGUAGAAUGGCACUACGUAAGUUAGUUCAAAUAAAUUUUAAGGAACACGAUUAAACCAAAUUCCUAUUGAAGUUUAUUAUCAAAAGAAAUUUUAAAGUGACAGUAACUUGCUAAUAGAUUUUGGCUCUGAAACUACUGAUGCUAAUCAGAUAUUUUAAGAAGAUGAUUAAAUUAAUGCAUCAAAUAAUAUGUUAGCAAUUUAGAAAGUUUAAUUAGUCACAAAAACAAAAUCUGAUCAAGAUUCUCAAUAAGCCUUAUCAUAUAGAGAACAUUCUAAUAAUUUAACUUAAUUAAAUAGCUAGCCUUAAACUCCACACAUAAAAGAUUAUGAUAAUAGUUAAAACUAAUAAAUUCAACAAAAUCAAAUACUCAACUUGAAUUUACCUCAAUAGUACAUAAAUUAAAGUACUUUAAAUGUAUAAAAUUCAGCAAUUUAUUCAAAUACACCAAUAAAAAGUGAGUAUAACGUUGCUUUUUCCCCUAGCAGAUACUUCAAAUAAAAUAAUUUAGAUGUCCAAAGCAUAAAUAACGCAAGUCUUGAAAUUUCUAAAAGGGAAUAAUCUCUUGCUUCCUUAAAAUCUCAUAAUCUUUCAAAAAUCGGCCUUGAUAAAGCUAUGAAAUUGGUUUGGGAUUUCUAAUUUACUAAAGCUGCUUGUGUAUUUGAAGAUUUUAGUAACUAAGAGAAUGUCAAUAUGAUAAUUGGUCAUAUAUACAUGCUCUUAAUACAAUUUUUAAUUUCACUGAAAAUAGAUUUUGCAGAAAAGCUAUGCAAACUAUGCGAAUAGGUCAUCGAUCAUAUAAUUAACUAAAGAGCUAAAAAUAACAUUUACUUAUCAUUAGUUUAAGAAAUUAAUUUAACUGAAAUGUAUCUUAUUAAAGGAAUUCUUUAAUUUUCUUUAGAUAAAAAAAUAUAAGGCUUAUUUUCACUCAAAAAUGCAUUUAAGUAUUACUAAAAAUGCUAAUCUGCUACUUUGAAUCUUGUAAAUAGUUUGAAAAAAAAUCAUAGGUUGAAGUUAAAUUUGUUAGAAGGGCUAAGUAAUUUAGCAAAGAGUGCUUUAUAAGAAUCCUUUAAAAAGGUAUUAUCCUUUUUUGGUUAAACUUUUGAUCUUGAUAAAGGCUUGAAAACUCUUUUGUAAGUUUCAUAAGCAGAUAAUAAUGAUUAAUAAAAUAGUUCUUCAUCAAAAAUAAAUCAACUUUAAUUUGAUUAAGAGUAAUUAAAUAAUAAAAAUUUAGAAGAUUAGAAAUAUAUAGAAUAUAUAAAAGCCUCAAGUGGAGAAGAUGAUUUAAGCUUCACCUCUCAUGUUGCAACUAUUGUUUUGUCUCUUUAUUACAUUUGGAGAGAGAAAAAUCCUAAUCCAAUAGUCAACCUUAUAAAUUAAAAACUAAAGUAGUAUCCCAAAUCACCUAUUUACUAUUGGAUUUCUUACUUAAUCAAUUUCGAAAAAAGAGAAAACUUAAAAGCAAUAAACGACAUAAAUAAGGCUUUAUCUAAAGCCAAUUCAUUUAGUAAAAGUUGCCUCUCUUUCAAAUUUGAAAAAUCUCUUUUUUUAACUAGUAAUUUAAGAUGGAAUGAGGCAUCAUAAAUUCUAGGAUAAAUAGGAGUUUAGCUUUUAAAUUUUGAAGAAUUUAAGUUUGAGGAAUUUAAACAAAUGCUGUAAAAAGCGAAGAUAAAUUCUAAUUAUUUUUCUAACUUUUAUCGUUCAUGCGUGAUUGAUUAUAAACCUGAAAAACAUUUUUUUAUUGGAAUAAGUAGUCUUUUACUUAGCUAAGUAGCCUGUCUGAUUUAAUAAAAUCAAUUAGAUUUUGCUAAAGAAUGGCUAUUGUUAUCAUAAUAUUUUAAAAAGCACUCUUAUUUAAAUAUAUUCUUGAGCAAUGAUAUUCAUAAUUUGAGUUAAAUAUAUUUAAGGAGAAAAAAUUUCAAUUUAGUAAAAUAUGAAAUCAUGUAUUUUACAAAAACUAUAACUAAAAUCCCUAACUCUUUGAUUGAUCAACUAAUUUUGGAAAUAAAUGAAGAAGAAAUAAGUUUAAAAUAAAAAUAAAUAAAAUCAAAUGAAGAUUAAAAAGAGCUAGCAAUAGAAUAAUCAUCUUGUAUUUUUUUAAAAAUAUUAGUUGGUUGCUUGCAGUUUGAUGAUAAAAUGAUUGAAAAGGGAGAAUAAGAGUUAGCAAAAAUACCUAAAUAUGUCAACGAUAGCAAAUAUUCUGAUUUUUCUUACCUUUUUCAUCACAGCUACUAUUGGAUAUGUAAAUUUUAUUUCUUACAGCAAAAGUAUGAUGAAGCUUUAAAAAAUAUUAAGCAAAUGUAAAAAUUUUCAACUAAAAUAUUUUCACUAUCUUAACAAGCAGAUAAUAUAUUAAAAAUAAUUAAAAACUAAGAAUAUGAAAACAAAGAAUAAAAAUGAUUCGAAAUAUCAU